AUGGCAACCUACUAUAUUGAGAAUAAGGCCGUCGGUGACAGGACAAGUUCUGAAGAUUGGAGAGACAACCCAUUGACUCCUCCUGAUCUACUUCAGCAUGAGGUCAAGCAGACGCUGAAAUCGAAAGAGACAGUCGUCAAGACCCGAGAGGAGGCUGCCGCAAUCCUCCAAUCCCGCGACCCUCUCAACCGCCUCCUUGUCGUGGUUGGUCCUUGCUCGAUUCAUGACCCAGCUGCCGCCAUUGAAUACUGCAAGCGCCUCCUUGUCCUUAAAGAGAAGCACUCUUCAGAACUUUUGAUUGUCAUGCGUGCGUAUCUUGAGAAGCCGCGUACCACUGUCGGCUGGAAAGGCCUUAUCAACGACCCUGACAUUGAUGGUUCCUUCAAUAUCAACAAGGGACUGAAGAUUUCAAGGCAGCUAUUCGUGGAUCUUACCACCAUGGGUAUGCCAUUGGCGAGCGAGAUGUUGGAUACCAUUUCGCCCCAGUUCUUGGCCGAUUUGUUGAGCGUUGGCGCAAUUGGUGCUAGAACAACAGAAAGCCAGCUCCAUCGAGAAUUGGCAUCUGGGUUGUCGUUCCCAGUUGGUUUCAAGAAUGGAACUGAUGGAAGUUUGGAUGUCGCAAUUGAUGCAAUUGGGGCUGCUAAAGGCGCUCACCACUUCUUGUCAGUAACGAAGCCUGGCGUUGUAGCAAUUGUCGGUACCACAGGGAACGAUGAUUGCUUUAUCAUUCUUCGUGGUGGCAAAAAGGGCACGAACUAUGAUGCCGAGAGUAUCAAAGAGGCAAAGGAAAAGCUCCGCAAGGCAAAUACCCAAGACAAGAUGAUGGUGGAUUGUUCACACGGAAACUCAUCUAAGAAUCACAAUAACCAGCCAAAGGUCGCAGCCUCAAUCGCUGAGCAGCUCCGCAACGGCGAAGACUGUAUCAUUGGUGUUAUGAUUGAAUCUCAUAUCAACGAGGGCAACCAGAAAGUUCCUGCCGAGGGUAAAUCUGGUUUGAAAUAUGGUGUCUCCAUCACUGAUGCUUGCAUCAAUUUUGAGGUUACAGAAAAGGUGCUCGAGGAGCUCGCUGAGGCAGUAAAGGCUCGAAGAGAGCUUGCUACUGGUGCUGCGUCUUCUUGA